AUGCCCGUAAAAUUUUUCACGGGACAGACGGGUUCGGGACAACAUUAUUUGCUCACGGGUAUGGGCUUAGGAGAUGGGGCAGAAUUUCUUGUGUUCGGGAUCGGGCUCACGGGCUCGGGGCAACACAAAAGUUUGCCCCGCAGAAGUACCAUUUUUCGUAUCGAUUUUAUUGCGCCAAACGGCAACGUUUGGAUUGUAAAGUUAACUCUUGGCAAGCAAUGUCCAGCUGAAAUCAAACGUGUUCGCGACUUUCUACCACAUUUACAAGGUGGUAAUCAUCAAAGCGUUGAAGAUUUUGCUCAAUGCUUAUUUCAUAUGGGAGAAUCAAAUCGAGCGGCUCAAAUUUGUGAACGUAUGAUUACAGCGAAACCAUCGAUCGGUGAUCUUGAUACUGCCAUUCUACGCAAUAACCUUGCUGCAUGCAAAAUGAUUGGAGGCGAUAAGGGUUUUAAUGGUAUGCUUCAAUGCUAUCAAGUUUGUGUCAAACUCAUUCCGCGACACUUACUACCUACAUUGGCGUCCAUUUUGAUCAAUGCUGCCAAUUUACUCAUGUCUCGUUACUACUACAAACGUGCUGAACAAUUACUGUAUAAAACUAUAUCGAUGAUUGACAGAGAACUCGAUGCAACCCGUGAUGAUGGAAUAAAUCAAAUCAAAAUGAUCUCUCUUGCUGAUGUUCACAUGACUCUGGGCGUUAUUCAUGCCAAUCAAGAUCAAACCGAAGAAGCAUUGAAGUACUUUCAAUCAGUUCUAAGAAUUUUUCAAGGACAUUUACCAUCGGGUAAUGGCCGAUUCGGUUCGGUUUACUUGAAUAUGGCUAAAAUGUACUUCAAGGAUGGGAAAUAUUAUGUUGCUAUAGAAUAUGGCAAGAAAGCUCUUUCGAUUUAUUUGGAAUGUUUGCCGCCUGGUCAUCCAACAAUAGCCGAUUACUACGAAUGUUUGGGUACUAUCUAUCGGUACAAUGGUGAGACCGCUGAAGCCUGGAAAGCAAUGGAUAUUGCCGUAGAGCAGCGAUUAAAUGCAGAACCUGUAGAUCAAAUCCAACUCGAGGCAUCUAAUUACUAUCUUAAAGCCGAAGAACUGUGGCGUCAGCGUUUGCCGGAAAGCGAUAUUCGACUUGGUAAACUACAAGCAGCUAUCGGACAUGUCUAUGGUUACAUCAAAGGUGAUUUCGUAGCUGCAGGUCCCUAUCUGGAAAAAGCCUUGCAAAUUGAAUUGAACCGUUCGAAAACAAUUUCUCAAGUCGGAAGCAUUUUUCUCGGCCAUAUAUACAACGCCCUACGGAAAAACUUUUACAAUCGCGGAAAAUACACAGAAGCUUUAGCGUGCUACGAAAAAUCGUCCUCCAUUUACGAACAUUAUCUACCGCCCACUGGUUCGAUCAUUUUUCCUUUCUCGGCCUAAGUCAACGAGAAUUGGGAAACUAUAUCCUGACAUUGACAUACCAUCAGAAAGCCCUCGAUAUUCUUCUUCUUCAAGAGACUUCAGCCCUGAACCAGGAAUCCAUCGGUGAUGCCUAUGGAAAUAUCGCUGCUGUACACUUUUUAAAUGGAUCAUACCGAGAUUAGCUAUUUUGAAAAAGAAAUAAGCACAAAAUUAGAAAUAAUGGCAUGUAAUUCGCCAGCUUUUAUCACCAUGUAUAUAUGUAUGUAUCGGUGCUCAACUACGAUAGAUCGGCGAAGAACUUUGAAAAUGCUCUAGCCAUUUUUCAAAAACAUGAGAGUCUUAAUAAUCCCGCAUUAGCCAUACUUGAUGCGAAUAUUGGCUUAUGUUACUACCGGCUGGAUGAAUGGGAUAAAGCAGAAGAUUCUCCAGCGAAGUCUUACUACACUAAGAUGUUUUUAUGAUAAGGGUAACUAUUUCAAUUUUGCUUUCACCUAUAAAGCCCUUGCUCUUGUCAAAUGCACUCAAGAUUCAUUCGAGGAAGCCGAACGUCUUUGUCAAAAGGCACUCGAUCUACGUUUGACCGAGCUACCUCCUGACAAUAUCGAUGUUAGACUGUCGUUCGACACUUCUGGAAUCAUAUACACCGCACAAAAGAAGUAUGAUGGAGCUCUAAUCUAUUUUCACAAAAGUGAGAAGAUUGUUCAACAUCAACAAAGAGUAUCCACUAUUGGUUCAAAUUUUUCGAGCAACAGGAUCUGUCUUCUACAAUCAAGCAGUGACAGCAAAGCUCUGGAGUAUUAUAUAAAAGCAAUCGAAUUAGCUCUCAAAAUAUACGCGACAAAUCAGAAAGUGAUCGAUGCAUUGAAUUAUGGAGUGGCCAGAGUGAAUCAUUUUUUAAGACAUAAUUGAUAUUCUUUCGGCCUUUUCGUAUUUGUUAUAAAAAGAGGAUCUUUUCCGUUUAUAAUAAACUUAACACAUUCAAGGCGAUGGCACCCACCCGUGGGUCCCGCUAUAUUGUAACAAGAAACUUAUGAGGGAACCUUUCGAGGUGAUUAAACGCUUUUUGCUCGGAAUCUAGUGGGUUAUAGGUUAUCGACCAUGCUGAUUACGAAUAUGAUCCGGGGUUG